AGGAAGCCCGUGUGAAACAUGAAAAAGAAGAAAUGGAAAGACUUGAAAGACAACGGAUUGACAGAGAAAAAUGGCAACAACUUGAAGCAAAAGAUCUAGAAAGGAGGAAUGAAGAACUUGAAGAGCUUUAUUUAUUAGAGGGGUGUUUUCCUGAAGCAGAGAAGUUGAAACAAGAUACUAGAUGGCUUUCUCAGUGGAAUCACUACAUUCAAUGUGAUGGGAGUCCUGAUCCUUCAAUAGCCCCAGAAAUUAACACUUUCAUUAGUUUGUGGAAAGAGGAAACAAAUGAGACUUUAGAGGACGUGAUUGCAAAGAGUAAACUAGUGCUAAAUUUAAUUGAGAAAUUGAGAUUACUUUUAUUGCAAAUGCCAUCAUACGGCCUGGAAGAUAAAACUAUAAAACAAUACCAAGGAUCAAUUCUAGAACUGCAGGAGCUCCUUCAUCUUAAGUUUAACACAGCCACAGAAAUACUUCUCAGACAAGCUAGUACAUUAGUAGAUCUGGACAGUGGAAAUAUGGAAAAAGUCAUUCAAGAUGAAAAUGUUACUCUGUAUGUGUGGGCAAACCUCAAGAAGAAUCCAAGGUACAGAAGUGUCAGAUUCUCUGAAACACAAAUUGGAUUUGAAAUUCCAAGGAUUUUAGCAACAAGUAACGUUGCUGUACGACUCCUGCAUACUCACUAUGACCAUGUCACACCACUGCGCCCUGUUUCAACAUCAUUACAAGGACGAACUGCCACAGUAACCGACUUUGUCCAAGAUAAAGUUAAGAAUGUAGAAGCAGAAAUCAGCAAAGAGCUCCAAGAAGAGUACAAACCUCUGGAAUGUGAGUCUGUAUCACUCCGUGAGGAAGGAACAGCAGUUGAGGAAGGUGAUACUGCAGUACAAAUGAGCUCUGUCCAGGAAGAAUCUAAAGCCACAAAAUGUGAACUGGAGAUGAAAUUAUUAAGUGAGACCGUUUUAGCAGCACAGUUGUUGCUGAUAGAGAAUGCUAAUGACAAGCCAAGUUUCUUUGGAGACAAUGAGGUUGAUUUAUGCCAAUUCACAGCCCUGGGUGGAGUGUACCACUUGGAUAUUUUCGAGCUUCCACCGCAGUGUAAACCAAUGAAAGGCUGGAUGAUUGUGGAAAUACUCAAAGAAGGACUGCAGAAAUAUAUAUAUCCUCCAGAAAGUACAGAAGAUUUUGAAACAGAAAAUGCUUUCCCACCCAUCGAGGUCACGCUUGAGGUUCAGGAGAAUGUAAUCUUUUUUGAGGAUCCUAUGGUUGCAAGGUGGGAUGCUGAAGGUGAACAGUGGCAGACUGAUGGCAUCAGCAACGUCUCUUACAAAUCAGAAGAAAGACUUAUAACAUUCAGCCUAGAAACUUUUGGCCCUGUUACCUUGAUUCAAGAUGCUCAUAUUAACAUGCCAUUCCAGUCAUGGGAACUAAGACCACUUGAUGUGAAUAAAGUACUUUUGACUGUGACUACAGUAUUUACUGAGAUUGAAAUACAAAUUAAGGAAGACCUCUGCAUGUUAGCAUCAAUCAAACUAGAUAACAAAAAGCAUUCCCCUGUUUUGGAAGGAAGAUGGAUGACUCCUAUUUGUUUUAUUCUUGCUUUGAAAGAAACUGGAUUGAAUAUCUUUCCUACUAGACACUCUCAUUUUUAUGUUGUUAUAAAUAAUAAGGAUCCCUUGGUAGAACUGAAAGCUUAUCGACAGCUGGCCCUGCUAAGUUCUGCUUUUGCAUUUGGUUGGAGCAAGUGGAAUGUAGUCUGUGGCUCGAAUAAAGUGAUAGUUCAGCUGAGGGAACACCUUACUGAAGAAGAGCCUGUUCCGGAUCCUGAUUGGACCCUUUUAAUGUUUAAUGGUGACAGAGCACAGAGGCUCAACAUCAACGAAAACAGUGAAACAUUCUCGGAAGCCCUUAAAGAAGAAACUGAGUUUCAUUCUAAUCUAUAUCACAUGGUUAAGGAUUUUGCUUCCAAAGACGCAAUGGAGAGAAUCAGGAGCUCCAGAUGCCAGUUUAUUGACUCUGUAUGCCACAUGCUCCUCUCGACUAGAUUACUCAGCUAUUCGUAAUCCCCACCGAUACAUUUUGUUCAGUGUGAAGAAUCAAGGAACUUGGAGGAAAUAUCAAGUUAUUUCUUCAGUAAAAUGUAAUGAGUGAAUCUAUUUCAAGUAGUUUCUUAAGUCUAGUAAACAUUUUAUACUCACAUUUUAAAAAGUGGGGUUUUCCCCCAUUAAUAUGUAGCCUACUGAGACUUUCAAUUUUCACUGUGUGAAGAUUUGAAUGGUUCUUUAUUUCAAUAAAUUUUAACAAACAAUA